AUCUUUAAUUCCCAGUUAAUUAUACUUUGAAUCCUGUAAGCCCAGCCACCAUGGGGUUUUCACCACCGUGCCUCUCUCAAUCUCUCUCUUUCAUUCUGUUUCUCUUCCAUUUCCACUCAACAAUUUCAUCUCCACUCUCCUCAAAUUACCAAUCUCUUUCUCUCCUUCAAUUCAAACAAUCCUUCUCCAUUCAGAGUUCUCCUUUUUGGUUUGCUAGAAACUAUCAAUAUGAUCAAUAUCCCAAGACAGAGUCAUGGAAAGAGGGUACAGACUGCUGCUUGUGGGAUGGGGUCUCUUGUGACCUGAAAACCGGCCAUGUCACUGCACUGGACCUCUCUUGCAGCAUGCUUUACGGCACCCUCCUUCCCAAUAAUUCUCUCUUCUCUCUCCAUCAUCUUCAAAAGCUCGACCUCUCUUUCAAUGAUUUCAACUCCUCCCAUAUUUCUUCUCGAUUUGGCCAGUUCUCCAAUCUAACACAUCUUAACCUAAGUGGUUCAGAUCUUGCAGGCCAAGUUCCGCCGGAAAUCUCUCACCUCUCCAAAAUGGUUUCUCUUGAUCUCUCUUGGAACGGCUAUGUGAGUCUAGAACCAAUUUCUUUUGACAAGCUUUCUUUUGACAAGCUUGUUCGAAACCUAACCAAGCUUAGAGAACUCGAUUUGAGUUCAGUAGACAUGUCACUAGUUGUUCCCGAUUCCUUGAUGAAUCUGUCUUCUUCUCUGUCAUCGCUCAAACUCUAUUACUGUAGAUUGAAAGGAAAACUCCCAUCCUCAAUGGGGAAAUUUAAGCACCUGCAGUACUUGGAUCUUGGAGGGAACGAUUUUACUGGUUCAAUUCCAUAUGAUUUUGAUCAACUCACCGAGUUGGUUUCCCUUGGUCUCUCUUCCAACAACUAUGUGAGUCUAGAACCAAUUUCUUUUCGCAAGAUUGUUCGAAACCUAACCAAGCUAAGAGAACUGGAUUUGGGCGAUGUAAAUAUGUCUUUGGUUGCACCUAAUUCGUUGACGAACCUGUCCUCUUCCUUUUCAUCUCUUUUCCUCGGUGACUGUGGAUUGCAGGGGAAAUUCCCGGGUAACAUCUUUCUCCUUCCAAAACUUGAAUCACUGGAUCUGUCAUACAACAAAGGCCUCACUGGCUCUUUUCCUUCGUUCAAUUUGAGUAAUGUCCUCUCUCAAUUAGAUCUUUCUGAUACAAGAAUUUCAGUUUAUUUAGAAAACGACUUAAUCAGUAAUCUAAAAUCAUUAGAAUAUAUGUCUCUUUGUAAUUGUAACAUUAUAAGGUCAGAUCUAGCACUACUUGGUAAUUUCACACAGCUCUUGUUUUUAGACCUCUCAAAUAACAAUUUUAACGGUCAGAUCCCAUCAUCACUUAGUAAUCUCACACAGCUCGUUUAUUUAGACCUCUCAAAUAACAAUUUUAGAGGUGAGAUCCCGUCAUUACUUGGAAACCUUGUACAUCUCCGUUACUUACAUCUCUCUUCCAAUAAAUUUAUAGGUCAAGUUCCAGAUUUUCUAGGUAAUCUAGUCAAUCUUUCAUAUUUAAUUUUAUCAAAUAAUCAACUAGUAGGCCCUAUCCAUUCUCAAUUAAAUACCCUUUCAAAUCUAGAGAGUCUAAGUUUAUCGGAUAACUUGUUCAAUGGAACAAUACCAUCCUUUUUGUUUGCUCUUCCUUCUUUACAUUAUCUUGACCUUCAUAACAAUAAUUUCAUAGGCAAUAUAAGUGAACUCCAACACGAUUCUUUGAGAUUCCUUGAUUUGAGCAAUAACCACUUGAAUGGUACAAUCCCAAGUUCGGUUUUCAAACAAGAGAACUUGACAGUCCUUAUUCUUGCGUCCAAUAGUGAAUUGACAGGUGAGAUCUCUUCUUCUAUUUGCAAGCUGAGAUUCCUUCGCGUCCUGGACUUGUCCAACAACAGCUUGAGUGGUUCUACACCACUAUGUUUGGGGAACUUCAGCAGCCAGCUCUCAGUAUUGCAUCUAGGCAUGAACAAUCUUCAAGGCACCCUCCCUUCAACUUUUUCAAAGGAUAAUAGCUUGGAAUAUCUCAACCUCAAUGGAAAUGAAUUAGAAGGGAAAAUACCACCGUCUAUCAUCAGUUGCACAAUGUUGGAAGUUCUUGAUCUUGGCAACAACAAGAUUGAGGAUGCAUUUCCGUACUUUCUAGAAACGCUUCCAAAGCUGCAAAUUCUUGUCCUAAAAUCGAAUAAACUCCAAGGUUUUGGGAAGGGUCCGGCUGCACAUAAUUCCUUCUCUAAAUUACGGAUUCUUGACAUCUCUGACAACGAUUUUAGUGGGCCAUUGCCAACAGGGUAUUUCAAUAGUCUUGAAGCAAUGAUGGCCUCCGAUCAAAACAUGGUUUACAUGAAUGCAACAAAUUACUCUAGCUAUGUCUAUUCCAUAGAAAUGACAUGGAAAGGUGUAGAAAUUGAGUUUACGAAGAUACAAAGUACCAUCAGAGUACUCGAUUUGUCUAAAAACAAUUUCACUGGAGAGAUUCCAAAGUUGAUCGGAAAGCUUAAAGCACUCCAACAGCUCAACCUCUCUCAUAAUUCCCUUACAGGUCAAAUCCAAUCAUCAUUAGGAAAUUUGACCAAUCUGGAAUCAUUAGAUCUAUCUUCAAAUUUGCUUACCGGAAGGAUUCCAACGCAGCUGGGGGGUCUAACAUUUCUUGCAAUCCUAAACCUUUCACAUAACCAGCUCGAGGGGCGUAUACCAAGUGGAGAGCAGUUCAACACCUUUACUGCAACCUCAUUUGAAGGAAACUUGGGUUUAUGUGGAUUUCAAAUACUAAAACAAUGUUACGGUGAUGAGGCACCAUCAUUACCGCCAUCAAGCUUUGAUGAAGGAGAUGAUUCAACAUUGUUUAGAGAUGGAUUUGGAUGGAAAGCUGUGACAAUAGGGUAUGGAUGUGGGUUUGUGUUUGGAGUUGCAACGGGAUACAUGGUGUUUAGAACAAGAAAACCUUCAUGGUUUUUUGGGAUGGUUGAAGAUAUAUGGAAUCUCAAGAGCAAGAAAACAAAGAAGAAUGUUGGCAGAUGUGGUGCUGGAAGAAACUAGAUGAUGCAAUUGAUAUUUUCAAUACAAAAAAGAUAUCAAGUGGAUUUGACAUUUAAACAACACUAGAGUGGCAGAUUCAUGGUAUUGGAUUCCCUUUACAAAUAAGAUAUCAAAUGGUUUGGGUGUUGCUUCUGCGAAAAAGAUUCCAUGUAUGUAAUAGGUCAAGCAAGCAAUAGCUUGUGUUAACUAUAAAAUCAUUUAUGUUUUAUUGAGUUAUGAACAUUUCCUUUUUCU